AUGCAAAAUAAAGUGAAGCUAAUUUCCUCCGAUGGAAAAGAGUUUUUUCUUGAUCAUGAGGUUGCUAUACAGAGCCAAAUCCUGAAAGUAUUCUUUGGAAGGCCAUCAAUGUUUAAGGAAUCUGUUUCAAGAACAAUAAGCUUGCCUAUAAAAGCAAGAUACCUAAAGAAAGCAGUUGAUUUUCUUGAGCAUAAGCAUUCGCUCGAUCCGGCCAAAGAUCAUGAAGAGUUCAAGAUCGAUGACACAGAAGCUUUGGAUAUUCUUGAUAUUGCAGCAUAUCUCAAAAUUUGA